AUGGCACCUUUCAAGAGGCAUUUACGCGACCUUUGGCUCGAAGAGGAAUUGAUUCAAGGCGACGACGAGGAAGAAGAUGUCGACAUGAUGACUGUGACCGCCCAACGGAAGCGUUUGGCCAUGGUUCAGCGUGGCAUUGGGUCCCUCCACCGGAAUACACCACUGCGUCAUGCGCCCCUGAACCAUCGUGACUACAAGCCCACCACUCUCACCGCCGGAUUUGGGUUUCUCUUCAAUCCACUGCCCAUCCUCCAGUGGUCGAUGCGUCCACCCUCGACGCCCCCCGCGGUAGCCAAUUAUUGGAACCACUCGUCACUAGCGCCCGUGCUUGUGGACAAACCACAUCAACCACCAAUAACGACUCCGCAGUGGAGGGCCCACCAAACUCCCCUCUCCCCGUUACGUCCGCUAGGUGAGAACCACCUAGUACGCGGCCGAGGCCAUUAA